UCAGAUUCUCUUAACAGAGAACCAUAAUGGCAUCUGUUUUGGGAGAAAAGGAGAGGAAGAAGAUUGUGUUUCCCUCAAAGAAUGAAUUAUCGGAGGCUAUGGCCAAGUACACGGCCAAUCUCUCGGCUAAGUUCUGCAAGGAGAGAGGCUAUUUCACCCUUGUUCUUUCCGGUGGUGACCUCAUCUCUUGGCUCAGUGAACUGUUGAAACCAGUGUACCAAGAAAGCAUCGAAUGGUCAAAGUGGCACAUUUUCUGGGUGGACGAGAGAGUUGUUCCAUUGGACCAUAAGGACAGCAACUACAAACUCGCCUUUGAUGGGUUUCUCUCCAAGGUACCGAUUCCAAUUGCGAACAUAUAUGCAAUUGACCAAGACUGUGCAGCCCUGGGUGAUGCCAAAGGCGCCGCAUUACUCUACGAGGAAUGCAUCAAAAGACUAGUGAACCGAAACAUCAUCCGGACAUACAAAUCCUCUGGCUUCCCACAGUUCGACCUCCAGCUCCUAGGAAUGGGCCCGGACGGUCACAUGGCGUCUUUGUUCCCGGGGCACUAUCAGAUCAAGGAGAAAGCAAAGUUGGUAACUUACAUCACCGAUUCCCCAAAACCGCCACCGAAGAGAAUCACCUUCACUUUACCUGUCAUUAACUGCGCUUCCUACAACCUCAUGGCCGUUUGUGAUGAGGCUCAGGCCGAUGCGGUCGCUGAGGUUUUCAAAGAUAACCUUGACUUGCCUUCAGCUUGGCUCACAGCUGACGUAGAAGCCAUAUGGUUUCUUGACCAAGCUGCUGCCUCUAAGAUCCCUAAAGGACAUUGAUCAGCUCUAUGUUUUAUUUGUAUCGUAUAUCUAAUAAAAGUUGUGUCUUUCGAAUGCCUACUACUACAUUAAAACUUAAAACUUUAACA